AUGGGCGUGCUGCGGAUCGACGCGAAGCCAGUUGUACGUAAUAACAAUGUUAAAUCAUCAGAAAUACAGGCAGUGGAAGGACGUAAAAUAUCUUUGCCCUGUCCUCUCUCCGCACCGUCCAGGGAUAAAGUGUACAUGGUUCUGUGGUUUAAAGACGACGCUGGAAUUCCUUUGUACAGCUUUGACGUGCGGGGGAAGCCUUUACAGCAGGCACGGCAUUGGUCAGCACCGGAAAUCUUUGGUCCGAGAGCUCACUUCAACACAGAUACUGAUCCAGCAACAUUGGACAUACAGGACGUCCGACGCCAUGACGAGGGUGUCUACCGCUGUCGGGUUGACUUUCGUACCAGUCAAACACAGAGCUUUCGAUAUAAUCUCAGCAUCAUCAUUCUUCCCGAACAUCCUGUGGUUCUCAGCCAGUGGGGUCAGCAAGUAAACAGCACAAAACUUGGUCCCAAAGAAGAAGGUGACGAUAUUGUGCUAACCUGUCGUGUAGUUGGAGGUCGACCUCAGCCCUCGGUGAAGUGGCUCAUCAACGGCAUCCUGGUGGACGAGCAGUACGAGCACAAUUCCGGUGAUGUCAUCGAAAAUCGGUUACUAUGGCCAGCAAUCCAGCGCUCAGACCUAAAUUCCACCUUCACCUGUCAAGCGACCAACACGCUCCUGGUGGAGCCCAAAGAAAGCAGCUUCGUGCUGGAUUUACAUCUGAAACCACUGAGUGUGAAGAUAAUGAACCCGCAGACGCCAUUAGUAGCCGAUCGACGAUAUGAAAUCUCCUGUGAAAGCGUUGGUUCGAGGCCAAAUGCGAUUAUAACCUGGUACAAAGGAAAGCGACAAUUACGCCGUGCGCAGGAGGAAAUUCUCAACAACACCACCAUCUCGCAACUAAGCUUUGUCCCGAUGACCGAGGACGACGGUAAGCUGAUAACCUGCCGCGCCGAGAAUCCGAACGUUACCGGACUGUUUCUGGAAACAUCCUGGAAGAUUGAAGUUGUCUAUCCACCGAUUGUGUCGCUCGGGCUCGGUUCCACACUAUCGGCGGACGACAUCAAGGAAGGCGACGAUGUUUACUUCGAGUGUCACGUCCAGGCGAAUCCUCCGUGGAGAAAAUUACACUGGCUACACGACGGCGUCAUGAUAACGCACAACGCCACCGCCCGCGUGAUACGGUCCAAUCAAAGUUUGGUGCUGCAAAAGGUCACCCGCAACUCGUCCGGAAAUUACUCGUGCAGUGCAUUCAACGCCGAGGGGGAAACGGUCAGCAAUCAGCUGGCCCUGCGGGUCAAAUAUGCGCCCGUUUGUGCCACCGAUCGAAUCAUCAUCGUCGGUGCAUUCCGCAGCGAGUCCUUGCAGAUUCCGUGCGAGGUGCACGCCGACCCACCGCCACGACAGUUCAACUGGAAGUUCAACAAUUCCGGCGAAACGCUCAAGAUAGCCAAGAAUCGCUACGUCAAGAACGGUUCCGUCAGCCUGCUCAACUACAUGCCGGUCAGCGAUCAGGACUACGGGACGCUUACGUGCUGGGGUGAGAACGAAGUGGGAACCCAGGAUUGGCCGUGUUUCUUCCAAGUCGUCCUCGCAGGACUGCCGUCGGUGGUGAAAAACUGCUCGAUAAACAAUCAAACGCAGCAUUCAGUUGAAGUGCAGUGUCUGCCCGGGUACGACGGAGGUUUACCGCAAAUUUUCAUCCUCGAAGUGAUUUCCAGCCGCACGGGCCGUGUACGGUACAACGUUACCAACCCGGACGAGCCGUACUUUCUGGUGGAAUCACUCGAGAACCUGAUUCAUUAUGGGGCCGCGUAUGACGACAUCGGCGACGACAACCCACUGAAAGCCAUCAUCUACGCCGUCAAUCAGAAGGGCCGCAGCCAGGGCGUCGUAGUCAAGGACUUCUAUCUCGAGAGCAGCGCCGAAAACCGGACCGUGCUAACGAGCAACUCGCUCGAUAGUAUCUCGCCGAUCCUGUUCGGAGUGCUGCUGACGCUGCUGGUGCUCUGUUUCGUUAUCUUCGUCCGAGUGUACUACAUCAAAGCGACUGCCACCACCACCACCAUAACAAACGUUAGUAAUGACUUAGUUAGUAAUUCAAAGCAAGGAAACAGCAAACAGGAUACCCUUGCCAAGAAGGCUACCAAACAAAGCCCUCGUUGGCAGCAGGGCAACAGUGGCGUCGGUGGAGGAUACGGCGGUGCCGGAACCGGAUGUGGACUGAUCGUCGAUGGACGAUCGCGGGACGAGAAGCUGGGCGUUCCGGACGGCAUGGAAGAUGAGCGAGACCCCGACGUGAUACCCGCCCAGUUCGCAGCUUCGAACGAUUCGGAAAGCGUUAGCUUCAACUCCUCCAAGUGGCCAAAUGGGAACUUUUAUGACCGAUACCCUAACCAUGACAUACGACCAUCGGAGCUCCUGAUACCGUCCGCUGGAGGGACAUUAGGCCCGACGACGAAUCAAUUACACCCGAAUGUUAAUCAACCGGGUGAUAGUAUUAAAUUAGGUCCCUACUACACGCCCUGCGGUAUGCUGACCGGUAGCGGGGCCACCGCGGGCACCAUUGGCAGCACAACGGGAACGCCACUGGGAGCGUCCUACCUCAGCCCAGCCGGAACGCAUCCUCUCGACAGCGGCGGUUUGGACGGAUCCUUGCUGUACGGUGGCACCGGAGGAGUGGCCGGUGCCGGCGGCCAGACGCUGGUUGGUGGUGGCCAUCAUCAAUCAAACCUGCUGCCAAAUGGUAGCGCCGGCAGCGGAGUUAAUCCUAACGAUUAUGACAUCAAUGUACAUACCAUCAAAAAUAUGCUAAUGACGACUCGCGUCCCCGAGAGCUGCGUUUAG